GAAUAGCAGCCUACCUUUAUUGCACCUCCCUGCACAAUUAAGUAGUUUACAUCUUGAGUAAUAGUCCAAAUUCAACCAGGAAUUCCCAAGAUCAAAGCUCAUGUUGGCUUUGAGACUGGCUGCUGGCUUUCAUGCAGUCUACAUUGUUUUACACAAACUCGGGCAGUUACAAUAAUUUUUUCACUUUCAAAAACUGUCCACCUCCCUCCUCUAACACACAACUUGCUCCAGUCUCUUUCCCCCACCCCUCACCCCCUUUCUCUCUGACAGUACUCUGCCAACUCCUCCAGCUUUACAAAUAUGAUAAGGGUAAAGCUGCAAGAACUCUCCCAGCACCACGGUAAUGGUUAACCAGAUAAUUCUUCUAGGGGGUGGGAAAAGACAACAGUCAGAAGGUUUUCUAUCUUCUUUGCUGUACUUGCGCGCCUUUAGUUGAAUUCAUUCAAAGGAAGGGUCAGAAUGGACGAGACGUUGCAACAGGAGAAAAAGCAAGAGUCGGAGUAUAAAAACCAGAAUGAGGAAGAAGGAGGGAUCCGUCGUCGAUUGCGAGACAGAGACCUUCUCAGGAAGAGAAGAGCCGAGGCAGAAGAGAAGGAAACUAACCAGUGGGUUUGGGGGUUGGAGAGCCAAAGAAAAAGAUCAAGAGCUGAGUACAAGAGUGGCACAAAGAAGAGAGGGAGGCCCAGGAAGACUGAACCAGUUCCGCAAUUAUCGGUCAUUCAGGAAGAUGCUGCUGUGACUCAGGAAGCUCCAGCAGUAAUAGUGGCACCUGAACCUUCUGCACUCAUCUCAGAUCAACUAUCAAGCUCUCUGUACCCAAUACUGGCAGUGGAACCACAGCCAGUUUCUUUCCCAGUGGCCCCUGCUCCUGCACCAGUGCUUGAAUCUGUCCAGAGCUCCGUCUUUGCUCCUGCUCUGACCUCUCCCACUCCAGUUAAUUCAGUUCUAGAUAGCUUUCCAGCUCCAGCACAAGAUUCAGCUUCACUUCCAGCGCAAGCUCUUGAUGCUGUUUCAGCCCCAGCUCUGUUCCAAGACUAUGUCCCAGCAGCAGCACUUGCUCCUCCCUCAGCUCCUCCUCAGGUGGAGACCCUCUACACAGAGUCCCAAGGCGCAGAGGUCCUUGAGCAGGUUCUGAUUGAAGACUUGGGCCCAGAUGAGGAUGAAGAAAUCUCUCCAUCAAAAGACAAAGGUGCUGAUGAAGGUUUGAAUGAAACUCUGUCAAUCAAUGUGCCCGAGCAAAACACAUUGUACUCAGUUCCAACCUUGUCCUCCCCUCCUCUCCCACAGGAAUAUCUUCCUGGAAACUGAUUGUAAUUUUUUUGUUCUCCCCAAAAUCGACUGUCAGAUGUUCAAUUCAAAACCAGAUACUUCCUUUUAGGUCAACUUUGUAUCUGAGUAUUACGUUGGUUCAUCUGCAGGAUGAUGAUUGAUGUCCAAAUGUGUUGAGUGUAGACAUUGCUUAUCUGAAAUGUAAAUUCAAACCAAACCUGUGUGGUUAUUUGGUUAUUUAUUUUAGGUUGCAAACUUUAUCUGUUUUUUUUAACUUUGCAUUUGACAAAAAGUUAAUUUUGCCUUCUUUAUUUAAAGGAAAACACUAUAAAUCACUUGUGAGUUUGUAAUGGUGUAUUCUUUUAAAGUGAUAUUGUUAAAACAUGUAUUGAAUCCAAUAAAACACACUGCUUAUAU